GUGCUGCGUCGGGGCUGAGGGUCGGAGGUGCGGUCGCGGUGAGGACCAGGUGGGGUCGGGCUGGGUGCCAAGACCCCGGCAGGGGGCGGAGAGGACCGGGCGCCCCGCCGCGGCUUAGGUUUCGUUUUCCGGCGGCCUCGCGGUUUCGCUUUUCUGGAGCCUCUGGCCCGCCCCUCCAGGUGGCCACUCCGGCCUUGUCUCUGCAGGGUCCAGCCUGAGACGCCGUCCAGGCCUGGAUGCUGGCUCAACACCUGUGACUUCACGUGUUUCCACCACCAGCUACAUCUGUAGUCACAACCACAACCACCUUUGCCAAGAAAUCCACACCCAGGCGUCGUCUGUGGCCACAGGCCCCCAUCUACAUCCGGGACCACCCCACACUUCUAACACCUGAGUCACACCUGUGAUACCUGACCCAACACCUGUGGUCACAACUCGACCACCUGUGGUGGGACAGGAAAAAAUCUCUCACCUGCGGUGACACCUGACGGCCAUCUGUGACCAAAGCCCUUCACCCGGCCUGUCUCAGUCCCUGUCCCUUUCCUGCAGUGGGUGGGAGCGAUGGCCUUGGCUUCUGAGAGGUGAGCGCCUGGCCCGCCCCCGGGGUGUCCGCCAGAGGGUCUCAUGCCCGGCCCUGACUCGCGUGGCCGUUCCACCCACAGAGGGACCCCACGCGUGCUGUUCGGAGAGUGGCUUCUGCACGAGAUCAGCAGCGGCCGCUACGAGGGGCUGCGGUGGCUGGAUGCGGCCCGUACGCGCUUCCGCGUGCCCUGGAAACACUUCGCACGCAAGGAUCUGGAAGAGGCUGACGCGCACAUCUUCAAGGCGUGGGCUGUGGCCCGCGGCAGGUGGCCACCCAGCAACUGCGCGGGCACCCAGCCGCCCCCCGAGGCACCAGAGCGCGCCGGCUGGAAAACUAACUUCCGCUGCGCCCUGCACAGCACGCGGCGCUUCGUGAUGCUGCAGGACAACUCGGGAGACCCCGCGGAUCCGCACAAGGUGUUUGCGGUCAGCCCCGCGCCGGGAAGAAGAGGCCCAGGCAGCGACAGAACAGAAGAGGCCCCUGCAGAUGGCUGGCCCAUGAGGGGUGAGCCUCCUGGGCCAUUCCUGGGAGGAGAAGCUGGUGAGAGGCCCACACCUGCAUUGGAUUGGGCUUCAGCAACUAGGCAGAGCCCUGAGCCCUGUACCUCAAACCCUCUUCCCGCCCGGGCUGGUGACACCAGGGACCUUCUGCACCAGGCUCUGCAGCAGAGCCACCUUGGAGACGAUUUGCUGGAAGCAGCAUGGAGGAUGGAUCCGGCCCCCCAGCAGCCUUCCGGCCCAGUGCUGGCUUGUGAGGAGCUAUACUUGCCGUGGGCAGUGGAGGCGGCCCCCAACCCCCCACCACAGCCCCCCGACCAGGCCCUGAUGACAGGUAGGAGAGGGGCUGGGAACAGUGAGGGAGAGAAGGGCUGGUCUAUCAGGUAUCAGCUCAGCUCAGGCCCUUCUUCCUCAGAUGCCUGCCAGACUCCCGCCUCAGAGCCCACGCAGGAGGUGGGGCCUGCGCCCUCUCUCCUCACCUGUACCCCACUGGCAGAACCUGGCCUGGCGGUCUUGGAGGUGACCAUCCUGUACAAGGGCCGCCUGGUGCUGCAGGAAGUAGUGGGCCGCACGAGCUGCGUGCUCCUGUACCAGCCCCCUGGCCCCGCUGCCGAGGCCACAGACGUGCAGCUGGUGGCCUUCCCCAGCCCAGCCGAGCUCCCCGACCAGAAGCAGCUUCGCUACACGGAGGAGCUGCUGCGACACGUGGAUCCGGGGCUGCAGCUGGAGCUGCGCGGAGGCAGCCUGUGGGCGCGGCGCCUGGGCAAAUGUAAGGUGUACUGGGAGGUGGGCGGCCCCCUGGGCUCUGCCAGCCCCUCCAGCCACGCCUGCCUGCUGCAUAGGAACUUCGACACUCCCAUCUUCGACUUCGGAGUCUUCUUCAGGGAGCUGGUGGAAUUCCGGGAACGGCGGCGCCAGGGCUCCCCGCACUAUACCAUCUACCUGGGCUUUGGGCAGGACCUGUCUGCUGGGAGGCCGAAGGAGAAGAGCCUGGUCCUGGUGAAGCUGGAGCCAUGGCUCUGCAGGGCGUAUCAUGAAGGCGCGCAGCGUGAGGGCACGUCCUCCCUGGACAGCAGCAGCCUCGGCCUCUGCCUGUCCAGCUCCAACAGCCUGUACGAUGACAUCAACCACUUCCUCAUGGAGCUGGGGCAGCCUGCCUAGCCCCCCCGUCCCCAACUGAAUAAAAACCAUCCCAAGCAUCGGUGGUGGCAUUCUGCUGAGGGGCUGGGUCUGAGGAGGGCACAGAGCUGUCAGGCCAGGAUGGCUGGAGGGCGGCCUGGGAUGGCCAGGCCUGAGCUUCAUGGGGCUGCGGAAGGGAGGCGGGCACCACCCCCUGCAUCUUCACAAUUAAGAAAUUCAGGCCGCAGGUAUUUGUAGCACCAAAAAAAAACUACUCAGAAAACAAUGUUUUUAAGGCAGGAGACAACCAGGAGGAGGCACUGCUCAGUCCGAGGCACCAAGGAAAAGGGUCCUCAGGGACGGGGGAGCAUCUCUGCCAGCAGGCCCCAGGCCCUGCCAAUGCUGCUCUGCCUGCGGAAAAUGCGAGCAAUUUUACAAGAGGGCAACAGUCGUGACACAGCAAGUCCCUAAGUAACAAACCCCUCCACAGAGCUGCCGGCCUGCUGCCGGCAGGGGGGCCUGCUGCCGGCUUUAUCACCGGACGCCACCCUUUCAAAUAUCGAGUCAGUCAAGAAGUUUCUAAAGAUAGUCCGUGUUUGAUAAAUUAGAACACAAUGGAAACAGUGUACCUCUAUAAUAUACAUAUAAAAAGUCCAGUUAACUGCGAGCAAGCCAGGCGCUCAGACCACGUGAUCACAGGAACCCUGCGCCAGCCCCUCCAGGGCAGACCCUCCGCCCUGGCGGUGCCCCCGCUGCAGGCUGUCUCAGCCCUCGGCCUCCUGGGGGGGCAGUCCCUCCUCUGGGUCCACCUUCUUGUACCUCCGCAUGUGCCUGUACUUCUCCACGUAGGCCUUCACCAGGUUCGCCACCUUCAUGGGG